UCCAUUAAAUAACACAUUCCUCACACUUCACUCACCAACACAAUUUCCCUUUCUCUCUCUACACUUUCUCUUUCUACUUUCUCCUUCGCAAACCACACUUCUCUUCUUCAUCUCUUUCUCAGAGCUGUGAGAUAAAGUGUUAGCAAUCAUGUACGAAUUCAACGACGAUAACUGGGUCGAAACGGCAAUGCUUGAUGAUACAAUCGUUGCAAGCUUUCUUCUAACCCUAAACAAGAAAACCUCAUCAUCAUCAUCAUCUUCAACACUUUCUCCGCCGUUUAAUGUUCACUGGACCAUUCGUCAACGCCGUUCAAAGCCUCGCUCUCAUACUUCAAAGAUUAAAAUUCAAUCUAGAAGACCUAGCCCCACAACUCCUCUCUCUUGGAGUUCCGCCACUUCUGCUUCCGCUGCCGCAACAACCACCGACGGUAAUGAAGAAUCCACUCGUUUCAAUAAAUCGGCUCAUACUUCAAGAUCUAAGAUUGAUGAGCAAAGUGAAGGCAAUGCCAACAAAAGGUCAAGAAAGAAAAGGUCUCGAACUGAACUACUCGAGGAAGAGCAGUUGCUUCUGAAAGAAAGGGGAAAUUUGAAAGAUAAAUUGGCAUACAUGCAUCUCACUGUGGAGAAACAAAGAGCCAACAAUGCUGGCUUGAAAAAAAUUAAGCUUAAUUUGGUGUCAGAAUCAGAAAAUAACAAAAACAAAGCUUUAACCUCUCUGGUGGUGUCUGGAAAAUCUAAACCAUUCCUGCUUCCUGAUUUGAAUCUUCCUCCAGAGGAAGAACAUUAUGAUAACCUUAGAUUGAGAUAAUGUAAUUGUUGGUGCUGGGCAGGGCGCCUCAACUGUUUUUUUUCCCCCAUUUUUUAUAGGUAUACAUUGUUAGGUAAAAUGGUGUUCUCUAUUAUUCACACAAGGCAAUGUGCCUUAUAUAUGCAAGUUACAAGGGAGUUUACAACAAGCUUAAGCUCCAAGCAACCUUUUGGCUUAAGCCUUGCGCGCGCGCCUAUGAGCUUGGCAAGGCAAGGCCCAUUAGUUUACAUCUAACAUACAUAUAGAUAUUUUUUUAGUCAUUAUAGUAUAUAAUACAUGUAACCGCUUCUAUAAGUAUUUAAUACUUUAAAUACUUAUAACUGUUCAAAGUUAUUUUUUUAAUGAAAUUGACUCUAAAAGAUU